UGAGGAGGCAGAGUCACACACGGUCGCAGGACCAACGGCCUGAGAGCGUGGAGGCGGAAGCCGCAUGACCUGUCCAAGUUGCUGUGGUGGCUGUGUAGGAACCACAUUCACCCUGUGGGCCGUAAAGGACAUGUAUUGUCCCUGACCAUAGUUACAGCACCACACGUCGGCACUGCCGUGCACUUUGGUACACUUUGGUAGAGUGGGGUGGUGGGUGUUAAUACCAGUACCUGGUGACAAAGGUGGGUGAAAGAAAGAGAACUUGGCAUCAGAUGUGUGGCAUCAGGCGGGUGGCAGGAUCAGAAUAGUAGCUGAGGCAGGAAGGCAGAAGAAAAGGGUCUUUUUUGUCAAAGUGUUGGUGUAUUGAGGAUAUGCAUUACAUAAAACUUAACUUUUAACAUUCAAAUGUUUUUUGAAAUCUAACAAAAGGAAAGGUGUGCAAAAAACACCAUCUGCCACCAAUACCACCAAGUAUUUAUGCAAUGCAAAGACCUCUAAAAGGUGGAAGGGAACAACGUAAAAUUGCAUCCUAUAUAGGAUCCUAUGUUUGCACUGUACCUGCAAUAAAUCUCCAGAUUUUAUCUACAUUCCGAUUGUGUGGCUAUUAAUUCCACACCCUCCCCUUUGGAAAGGAGCGAUCUAAGGCACCACUUUUUUCGGAUCAGAGAUCCUUCGCAUUUCUUCUAAGCAUACUGUAUAUAUAACCUGCCUCAUGAACACUUAUCUGUUUUAUUCUCUGUCUUUCUUAUAUUUGGGUCACAGACCGAAAAAAAAUAAAAUAAAAAAAAAAAAGGACCUAGAGGACCAGAGCGCCACCACUGGACCAGGAGAGGUUUCUCCAACUCAGGAUCCUCUGCUGAUAUCUUCUAUAUAAGAGAAGUUUCCUGAUCAACUAUGGAGAGAGACAGGAACAAGAUGGCCGACAGGAUGAUAGACCUCACCCUACAGAUACUCUUCCGGCUUACUGGAGAGGAUUACACAGUAGUGAAGAAGUCCUCUAGUGGGCACUGUCGGGCCCCUGUGUGUGAAGGACGGGGAAGAACCCUGAGCCCAAUCCUGGGGCCCCCACCUCACUCCCUGAUACAUGAGGAAAUGGAUGAACAGAAGAUCCUAGAACUGAUCAACAAGAUGAUGGAGCUGCUGACUGGAGAGGUUCCUAUAAGGUGUCAGGACGUGGCGGUCUAUUUCUCCAUGGAGGAGUGGGAGUAUGUAGAAGGACACAAGGAUCAGUUCAAGGAUCAGGUGAUGAUGGAGGAUCAGCAGCCCCUCACAUCAGCAGUCAGAUCCAGUAAGAGAACAGCAGCAGAGAGGUGUCCCCGUCCUCUUCUUCCACAGGAUCAGGAUCAGGGAGAAGAUCCGACCAAUAAUAAUGCUACAGACAUUCGGGUAAAAGAAGAAGAUACAGGUAAUCACUCAGAUGACUGUACCAGGAGAUCAGAGGAGAAUCUUAUAUCUUCAUAUUAUAAAGCAGAUGAUGAUAUCACACAAGAUACAUAUGAAGAACAUUCCAUUAUCCCAGAUACACCCUCAGCCCUUCACAGCCAAGAUCUCUCAUCUCAUCCUGUUAUACAAGUUCCACCUAAAGAUUCAUCUCAGUCUGUUAAGCUAAAUAGAAGAAACAGAACGAGUAAUGAACAUCUGAAAACGCACACAAGCGAGAAGUCCUUUUCAUGUUCAGAAUGUGGGAAAUGUUUUACUCAUAAAUCAAGUCUUUUUCAACAUAAAAAAAUGCACACAGGGGAGAAGCCAUUUUCGUGUCAAGAAUGUGGGAAAUGUUUUAUUAAUAAAUCAAUUCUUGUUGACCAUCAAAGAACUCACACAGGAGAAAAGGCAUUUUCAUGCCUAGAAUGUGGGAAAUGUUUUACUCAGAGAUCAAGUCUUUUUCAACAUAAAAAAAUGCACACAGGGGAGAAGCCAUUUUCAUGUCAAGAAUGUGGGAAAUGUUUUAUUAAUAAAUCACGUCUUGUUCAUCAUCAAAGAACUCACACAGGAGAGAAGGCAUUUUCAUGCCUAGAAUGUGGGAAAUGUUUUUCUCAGAAACAAAGUCUUUUUCAACAUAAAAAAAUGCACACAGGGGAAAAGCCAUUUUCAUGUCAAGAAUGUGGGAAAUGUUUUAUUAAUAAAUCACGUCUUGUUUACCAUCAAAGAACUCACACAGGGGACAAGCCAUUUUCAUGUCAAGAAUGUGGAAAAUGUUUUCUUCAAAAAUCAAAUCUUCUUAUCCAUCAACGAACUCACACAAGUGAGAAGCCAUUUUCAUGCCCAGAAUGCGGAAAAUGUUUUACUCAGAAAUCAGUUCUUUUUCAGCAUAUAAAAACUCACACAGGCGAGAAGCCAUUUUCAUGCCCAGAAUGUGGGAAACGUUUUAUUGUGAAAUCAUCACUUGAUAGACAUAAAGCAAUUCACAUAAGAAAGUAACCAUUUUCAUGCCCAGGAUGUGGGAAAUGUUUUACUUACAUAUCAAGUUUUUUUGGACAUGUAAAAGCUGACACUGUAGAGAAACUAUUUUUAUGUUCAGAAUGUGGGAAAUGUUUUACAAAACAUUUUUUUUAAUAAACAUCAAAAUUCACACAAUCAAUACCGAUUUUUGAAACUUUAUCAACUCUGAUAUGUCAGCACUGGAGUGGUUAGUCCAGCCAUGAUUUUAUACCCUAAAAACUUGCAGAGAGGUCCGUUGUAACCAUUAUUACUGCGUAUAUCAUAUACUG